UCUAGAGAUAGAAAACAUUAGGGUUUGGCUUCACUCGCUGUGCCGCGCCGCUGCUCUCUGCCUCCCUGUUCACGCGUCGCCGUUCGUCGUUUCCCGCUCUCCCCCGGCGACGCUCCUUCGAGGUCAGUUCUUCUGCCUGCUAUUUCAUGUCUAUCGCGUCGUCCCCUGUUCCCUCGUCCGAUGCCGAGCGCGAGCUCGGUCCCGGCAGUCGGGGUUCCGUGGCCCAGGGCGACCGAUCGGAGCAGCCGGGUUCUCCGUCCCUCGAGGAGGUCGCGGUUGUUGAGGUGCCCGGGGUUAGCGACCAUCGCCUCCAGAGGCGCACCUUGCUCGUGGACUCGCUCAUUCGCGAGUGCAAGUGCGACUUGUCGAGUGACGAGUUUCUCAGGGCGAUGCGCUACGCCGGCCCCCUUGUCAAUGUCCGUCGCCCUUCCCCGGAUGAGUCCGUCUUCGACGCUCCUCCGGGCUACUUUGCCGUCCAUCUCAAGUCCCUUGAGAGCGGCUUCUGCUUCCCUUUGGAGUCCUUGGUCACCGACUUUUUCAAACACUUUGACUUCCUCCCGUGUCAAUUGGUGCCGAACUCGCACCGGUACUUGGCGGGGUUCUUGAUCCGCUGUCGGGAGACGGGUGUGCGGGCCGACCUUGAGCGCCUACUGACCCUGUUCCGAGUGGCGAAGUCUUCCGGGUCGGAUGGGGGUUCUUUUGCCGCCCUCUGCCAGCGGCAAGAGAGACUUUUUAGAACGAAGAAGGAAUCCAACAGGACUUGGAAGUCCAAGUUUGUUUUCGUCUCCGUGGGGGCGGCCUCCCCCUUCCGAGACACUCCCCUCAGCUCUUUUCGUAGACGGUCAAAACCCUUUGCCUCUUCCAAGGCUAUUGCUGACACGGACAAGUUGUGUUCGGGCGGCCCUUACGAGCCCGGGGUCUUAGUGAACGACGAAGCUCUCGCCAAGCUCGGGUUCGUCUUCCAUGAUGAAGACGAGCCCAAACGCCGGGUCGUCCAGAGUCAGCUUGAGGAGGGGCCAUCAGGUGAAAUCAUGCUCUCCGCAGCCGAUCGGAAGAAGCUGUUUAAGUCUAAGGCGCGCGCGGAGUCCAGCCAAGAACGGCCUCCGCUCCCAACUCCCGCACCGUCUGCCGAGCAUGCCCAGGCGAGGAAGAAGCGCAAGGAGGUGAGCUCCUCGGCGGAAGGGGCUUCGCUGAGCGGGGCGAGGUCUCCACCCUCGCGCUCGGUGGACUGCGGGAACCCGGCCUUCGUGAAGGUAGCGUUCCCCCUCAAACCUUCGUUCUUGCAUGGGGACUAUGAGCCUCGCCGUUUUCUGCAGAGCUUCAUCCCUCCGCCAGACCGAAUGGAGAUUAGUUCGGCCGCCAUGCAGGACCUCGCCUCCACUCUCUUGCUCGAGUUAGGCUCGGUGGCCAUGCGCGCCCCAGAGCUGGUGGAGCGCUUCGAGUGGUAUGUGGCGGAGAAGGCCAAAGGCGAAGAGGAGCUUCGGAGGCUGCAGGAGCGCGUGGCUGGCCUCGAGGGGAAGCUCACCGAUGCGGAGGAGCGGGCUCGAGUUGCGGAGCAGGCCCGCAUUGCUGCUGAGGAGAAGGAAGCCGAGCAUGUAAUUGAGGCCUUUCAGACCUCCCCCGCGUUCGAGGAGGCGGCUCUCUCCCGCAUGGACGAUCUCUUGAAGGUCUGGGCUCAAACUCCCGCCGGCCAGCGUCUCCUUUUCAAGGAGGGGCAAGCCAAUUACUCCAUGGGAUUGCACCGGGCUCAAGAGGUUCUGCUGGAGCGGAUCCGAGAUGGGAAGGAGCUCCCGAAGCCAUGCGAGAACCCUGAGGAGUUUGACUCAUCCAUCUACUACUCCGAAGGCGAGGAUGCCACUGGUGGGGGCGAGGACACCGCCAGUAACUGAGCGCGGCUGUCCCACCGAUGAACUCCACCCUUAUUUCUUUUUUUGAUGUAAUGUUCUUGCGCUUGAAUAAUGUAUUUUGCACUGU